GUGGCUAUGCGCUCUAAGUGGCCGAGAGAUCUCGCAUCAAAAAGCGGCGGUGGUGAAGACCACAGGCCAAGUCAUUCUUCUCGAAUGUUUGGAGAAGCUGGUCUUUGGAAAGAGGGGAGCUCUGACCUCUGGGGUAAUUGAAAAAAAAGAUACCGUGGCCCUCAUCCCUGGAGGCACAGGUUUUAGCGCGCACAAUAAGGUGGAAGUGGCAGUGGCACGGCCUAAUGUGCAGUAG